UGCACCGCCCCUGGGCCGCGUUGGGUCCCGUGUCGCCCGGCCUGCACCGCCCCGGGGCCGCCGCCAGCUAAGCACUAUCGCCUGGUGUACACCUGCAAGGUGUGCCAGACGCGCUCGUCCAAAUCCAUCUCGAAGACCGCCUACCACCGCGGGGUGGUGAUCGUGACCUGCCCCGGCUGCGGGAACCACCACGUCAUCGCCGACAACCUGGGCUGGUUCUCCGACCUGCAGGGAAAGAGGAAUAUCGAGGAGAUCCUGGCAGCCAAAGGGGAGAAGGUGAGACGUGUGGCUGGUGAGGAAGGUCUGGAAUUGCUGCUGGAAAGCUCAGCAGAGCCCGAGUCCCAAGGUCAACUGGCAGAGGGGGACAGCAAGGAAGCCCCCCCAGAGCCUGGCAGCAAGGGACAGACCUGACACAUGGGGCUGUGACCUGUGGGACAGACCUGACACGUGGGAUUUGGGUUGUCCUGCUGGUGCCAAGAGACUCUUCACCUUCAUUCCCUGAUUUUCACAGCCUGUAUUUAAAAUAAACUCGGGUGUGGGUUU